ACGGAAGCAGGCGGGGGUUCGCGAGACAGCAGCGGACGGAGAAGACCCGGUAGAGCGCGAGGGAGGGAGAGAGAGUGAGCGAGAGUGAGAGAGGUCGAGAGUGAACGCGAGGAGGGGAAAACGACGGCCGUCACGGUCGGACGAUACGGAGAGGGGGAGGACUGAGUGACUGAAUGGUUGUCGGGCAGUUUGAGGGGCGGUUUGAAUGACGACGCACCUGCUGCUUCUGAGGGACUUUGAUUUUUUUUUUUUUUUUCCAUUUUUAUUUUUGACUUUUUAAACUCGCUUUUGUCAUGCCGUCCAACAGUCCAGCAGUGACCGAACUGCCCCAGACACCAGAAAACAAAACCUCCAACAAUGUGAGUGAAGAUGGAGCAGACCAGGACAGUCCAGAGGAGGCGACCUUGGAGACCCUCUCAAACAAGCGCCGAGUCGGCCGUCCAAGCAGGAAACGCAAACAGUUUCUUCCUGAGAUGGCAAUGAAUGACCCCUCUUCUCCCUCAACUCUGCCGGAGGACCUGGAGCCCUCCCCCUCCCCUCGCAAGAAACGUGGGCGUCGGAAACUAGAGCAUAACGACAGGAAUAAGGAUGAAGCAGACGACAGAAGCUGUGACUCCCCUAGAGAGGGGGAGACAGGGAGGUUGCGUAGGAAACCGGUCCCCAGAGUGACUUUCCAGGCUGGAGAUCCGUACUACAUCAGCAGGAGGCAGAAAGAAGAAUGGCUCAGCCGCUGGAAGAUGGAGGCAGAGAGACGGGCUUAUAGGGAAGCUGAGAUGUGCAUGAUGGACGACCUCACAUCGGAAGGUGACUUUCAAAAAGAGGACGAACCAGCCAGCCCAGACCCCCUACCUCCCCGUCCAGAACCUCUCCCAUCCCAGCAACAAACAGAUCCUGCCUCGCCAACUGUUGCCGUAACACCAGAACCAGUUGCCCGGGGAGAGCAGGCAACACCUAGAGAGAUAGAGUACCAGGAUGGCAGGGGCUUUGGCAUUGGCACGCUAGUCUUUGGGAAGCUACGAGGUUUCUCCUGGUGGCCUGGCAGGAUUGUUUCCUGGUGGAUGAGCGGCCGUAGUCGAGCCGCUGACGGCACGCGCUGGGUCAUGUGGUUCGGAGAUGGCAAAUUCUCUGUGGUUUGUGUAGAGAAACUCAUGCCUCUGAGCUCUUUCUCAUCUGCCUUCCACCAGCCCACCUACAACAAACAGCCCAUGUACCGUAAAGCCAUCUUUGAGGCACUGCAGGUGGCAAGUGUGCGAGCAGGACGACCCACUCCUUCCUGUGACCCAACUGAUGACACAGACGGUGUAGAGCCUCAGACCAGUCAGAUGAUAGAGUGGGCUAUGUCUGGCUUCUUACCUAGCGGUCCACAAUCAUUGGAUCCUCCUGAAGACGAGCAGAAUCCAUAUAAAGAUGUCUACUCUGAGAUGUGGGCAGAACCAGAAGCAGCCUAUACUCCUCCCCCUGCCAAGAAACCUCGCAAGAAUGCCGCGGAAAAGGCCAAAAUCAGAGAGGUGAUCGACGAAGGAACCAGAGAGAGACUUAUACAGGAGAUUAAAAAGAAAACGCGGAACAUCGAAGAUAUCUGUAUCUCCUGUGGAAGUCUCAGUGUUUCUCUGGAGCAUCCCCUCUUUAUGGGUGCAAUGUGCGUGGGUUGCAAAAAUUCCUUUUUAGAGUGUGCCUACCAGUAUGAUGAUGAUGGCUACCAGUCCUACUGCACCAUCUGCUGCGGAGGCAGGGAGGUGCUCAUGUGCGGCAACAACAACUGCUGUAGGUGUUUCUGCGUGGAAUGUGUUGAUCUAUUGGUUGGAACCGGCUCAGCAGCGGCAGCCAUCAAAGAAGACCCUUGGAACUGUUACAUGUGUGGACCCCGAAAUACUUAUGGGUUACUGCGGCGACGGGAUGAUUGGCCAUGCCGACUGCAGCAUUUUUUCGCCAACAAUCAUGAACAGGACUUUGAGCCAGCCAAAUUAUAUGCUCCAGUUGCAGCAGAGAAGAGGCAGCCAAUCAGAGUUUUAUCACUGUUUGAUGGCAUCGCAACAGGUCUGUUGGUGCUAAAAGACCUGGGCAUCCAGGUUGAUAAGUAUGUGGCGUCCGAAGUGUGUGAGGACUCCAUCACCGUCGGCAUGGUCAGACACCAGGGACGAAUUAUGUAUGUGGGAGAUGUACGCAACGUAACCCAUAAGCAUAUUGAAGAGUGGGGACCAUUUGACUUAGUGAUAGGAGGAAGUCCCUGCAAUGACCUCUCCAUAGUGAACCCUGCAAGGAAAGGCCUUUACGAAGGAACUGGGCGAUUGUUUUUCGAGUUUUACCGUCUUUUGCACGAGGCUCGACCAAAAGAAGGUGACGAGCGACCUUUCUUCUGGCUCUUUGAGAACGUGGUUGCAAUGGGAGUCAGUGACAAACGGGACAUAUCUCGCUUUUUAGAGUGCAACCCUGUGAUGAUCGAUGCCAAGGAAGUUUCUGCUGCCCAUCGUGCUCGAUACUUCUGGGGAAACCUGCCUGGCAUGUCAAGGCCCCUUAGCCCCAUGACGAAUGACAAGUUGGACCUGCAAGAGUGUCUUGAGCAUGGUCGUACUGCCAAGUUUGAGAAGUUGCGUACGAUAACGACUCGCUCCAACUCUGUGAAGCAGGGGAAAGACGAACAUUUCCCUGUCUACAUGGACAACAAGGAGGACAUCCUCUGGUGCACUGAGAUGGAAAGGGUGUUUGGUUUCCCCGUCCACUACACUGACGUGUCCAACAUGAGUCGUCUGGCAAGGCAAAGACUGCUGGGACGUUCAUGGAGUGUUCCUGUCAUCAGGCACCUCUUUGCCCCUCUUAAGGAGUACUUCGCCUGCAACUAGUCACACAACAAGUCACUCUCGUUCUCUCUCUCUCUCUCUCUCUCUCUCUCUCUCUCUCUUGUUCUCUCUCUCUCUCUCUCUCUCUCUCUCUCUCUCUCUCUCUCUCUCUCUCUCUCUCUCUCUCUCUCUCUCUCACUGGUGCAGACAAACACACACACAAUUUUGUGACAACAGAUAACUGUACAUAAUACACAGCUUGUACAUGAAGGUUGGCUGACACAGAUGAAACAGAUGACCAGACAGACACACACAUACACCACACAAACUGCUAAGGACUUCAUCCCUAGAUCCCAUAUAACCUACUGGCUAAUCUUGGUCCCCAGGUGCUACCUUGUACACACAAGCAUGCACAUACAUACACUCAAGUGCAGUUACAGUACUGUAUACCACACACAAACUUCCUUCCACCUGACCUUAAACUGAUGUCUUCUACUGUUUUGCAUUAGUUACAGUCUCUACGAGGCGCCUACACACUCUCAAUACAACACCAAAUCGUAUUAUUACAACUUUACGUGCAGUAAAAGUGCUUUAGCUGCAUUACCAAUGCAAUAAGCAUAAAUAUCCAAACACAAAUACACCACACACACCAGCUAAAACUCGCGGUGCUGGCCUGGCUUUAGCCAAGGCCAAAUGGUGACACAUCACGUUACAUUUUUACUGUUCUUGGUGCUUACAGAGACUUUGCGGUCUGGAUUUGUUUUCAGUUGCUGCAGUUUUGGGUCUUUAGUAGAUUCAAGCCAAAUACUUUCAAGCUGGCUCUGAGGUUAAACCACCUCCAGAGAGUGUACUCGAGGGCUGAGAAAGAAAGAAAUUAACAUAACAAAAUUCCAAAGUAACGUUAACUAAAAUAACUCCACUUGCAUUCCGUUUUUGAAUAAAGCUUGUGGGAUGAGUUUGUUGUCACUGAAGUGAGCCAAUAUAAGAUAAUUAAUUGUACUUAUCUAUUAAGUUAACUGUCUUUUAUUAUGAUUCAAAAUAGUUGUUAAGGAAUCCCAGUGAAGUAUGUGGGUACAUUUUAAUCUUCACUAUCUAGAAAUGUUCCUUUAAAAAUAUCCAUAACGUUUAUACAGGAAUAGUAUUGAGUGCCCUCAAGUGGUGACUGCAUGACUGCGUAGCAGCCUCAUGGAUUUCAUAUAAGAGGUGUCCUGUCCUGUACUGUAUUUGUAGUUACUUGAAACGUCUUUGUCUUAAAAAAAAAAAAAAAUAAUAAUAAUAAUAAUAUUAUGUGAACAAAUCCCCUCUUUUAUAUACAAAAUAUUGACGUACAUUAAUAUACAAUAACUCCCUUUAAUGUAGUUGAAACAAUCAGCAUUUCCAGAGGAGUGUAUUCUGUAUUUUUCAAACUAUAAGUCGCACAACUAAAAUAUAAUAUAUCAUGAAGAAAAAAAAACAUGUAAUGGCAAGUAAGUAUGUGGCACUGGACUAAAAGUUGCAUGUUUGGGGGGGAAAUGUAUUCUUCAAAAGCUGAGUACAAGAACAGAUAUUUUAUAUUUAGGACUGCAAGUUAUAAUAAGGUUUGCAUAGGGGCGGUGGGGACAUAAUACUACAAACUUUUCAGCAUGCUCAAAUUGUCCCUACCAAUUAAGCAACCUUAUUUGCAUUAUAGAAAGUUUAGUUAGAUAGAUAAUUUAGAUUGUCUUCCCAUAUGUUGUAAGGAUAGAAUAGAACCUGCCCUUAUUAAGUGAAUUAUGUUCAUUAUGUUCAGACUUGCAUUCAUCCCUUUUGCACUUGCUGAAUGUGCCGGUCCAUUUUCCCCCUCAAACGCAAGUUUCAUUGGCUGAUGA